UCUGCCUGAGGCUUUGCCGGGCGCAUGGAGGGGCGGCCCCACGCGAAAUCCCCGGCCGGCCGGGGGAGGAGCCGGCGGGCUGCGGAGAGCGGGGCUGGGCGCGCCGGCCCGGCUGCUUUCGCUUUCGGUUCGCAGGAGAUGGCUGAGAGCGGCGAAGGGGCGCGCCGCACCCCGGCGGGGGGACGGGAGGGCGCCCGGGAGUCUCCCGGCGGCGGGGCGAGCUCCGAGCCGGGGCAGCGCGCAGGGGCCGAGCCCGGGGGCUGCCGGGCCGGUGGCACCGGGCAAGGGGCGCGCCGCACCCCGGCGGGGGGACGGGAGGGCGCCCGGGAGUCUCCCGGCGGCGGGGCGAGCUCCGAGCCGGGGCAGCGCGCAGGGGCCGAGCCCGGGGGCCGCCGCGGGCCGGAGCUGGCGCAGGGGCGAGGCGCUGACCCGAGCCCCGCCGAGUGGAGGGGACCCGCCCUAGUGGCCUGGUUACUCUCCUUAAUUGCGAAGGGCCCCGAGGCGUCCAGCCGCAGGGACCCGCCGGCCGGGGAGCCGGACACCCCGAGGCCUCAGCUCGGCGCCAACAGUGCCCGGGGUGCAGCUGGAACGGCACAAGAGGUCCGGAAGACAGCGGAGAGGCUGCAGGCUGAGCUGGAGGCUCUGAAAGGCUCCUCGGACCCCGAGACACUGGAAUUCCUGCAGGCACUAGAAGCACCCGUUAGAAUCGCCAGCCGCGUGCUCACUGAGAACCAGAGGCUACGGCGGGAGUUGGAGGAGUUGAAGGGCAGGUUGGCAGCCCCACCACCCCUGGAACCAGCCAGCCAGCCUCCAGCUCCCUGGGCAUCAUCCCCCUGGACCUCCCAGCCAUCGCCCCCGUGGGCCACCUGGAGCACAGCCUUGCCCCUGCAGGUCUGCGUGAGCGGGAAGACGGCUGGCUGCGAGAGGCAGUUCUUGGAGCAGGUGGCCCAGCUCCUCGCGGCCCAGGGCAUCUCCCUGCAGGCCGGGGAGUACGAGCCGCACUCCAGCCGCCCGCUGCUGCUCUUCUGCCCGAUCUCGUCCCGCUCGGGCACAGACAUCAGCAACGCCCUGGAGGGGAUCCCCGCGGCGAGGAAGAUGAUCCUGGUGGUGCUGCAUCACCAGCCCAACGAGCGGGCCGAGCUCUACGCCAGCAGCAGGCGGGAGGCCCAGCACCCAGGGCUCCUGCACACCGUGGACGGCUGCUUCUCCACCCAUUCCGGCUUCUACCAGUGCCAGGCCAACGCUGCUGCCGUGGCCUCUGUGUCUGCCGCCCUCCAGCAACUGGCCCUGGCCGGCCACUAGGGGGCAGCCCCUGCAGGAGGCAGCGGGAUCUGUGAGCUGGGACAUGGCGUGUCCAUGGGGCUGGGUUACGGCCUGGUGACUGUACUGUCCUGACCAGUCCUAGCUGGGACUGCCUGGGGGGCCCCCGCCUGGGUGGGGCCAGUGCUGUAGCACAUUGGACUGUUACCCGUAGGAAUGAUCUCUGGGCUGGAGCUGGUCCUACCAACCUCUGCUCCCCCUCCUGCCCCCCAACUACCCUCGUGUCGGUCCCUCCCCUUCCCUAUCACACUUAGGGUAACGCUGUGCAGAUGCAUUAGUUCCUGCCACGUUAUACAGCUACCCCCUGCCUGUGCUAUGGGCCUUGUGCCUGGCUGUAUCCCCCCCUGCUGCCCCCAGCCUGCCCGCGAACACUGAUCAGUCCCCACAGGGAUCUCGUGCGAGCCGUGUGAUGAGACAAGCUCUGGCUCUCUUGGAUUCUGUUACAGCUGCUCCCCCUCCCUGUGGCGGGGGCCUGGCGGGUGUGGAAGCGCUUCGGGCUGGACCCGGGGGCGGGAGGGCAGCCGCUGUGCUGGGCACCCGUCACUCCUAGCACAGUCAGGGCUGCAGCAGGAGACCAAGGGAGGCUCCGUGGCCUGGCGAACGAGCGGUAUGCUCUGGCGAAGGUGCUGGCUUGGCCUGUUCUUGGCGAUGGGCUGCUCCUCGGCCAUGGGCCCCUCAUCUUUCAGACUCCAGCCUGAGCUCGCUGCCUGGACCCCAGCGGGCUGUGGGGGGGGAGGGUGGUGUAUGGCCAGAUCGGUUG